CUGGAGGGCAGCUUGUAUUCAUUGCGAUCACACCUCUUGUACCAUGGCAGAGGGAGAUAACCACAGCACGAACCUGCUGGCUGUGGAAACUGCAAAUCUGGAACAGCAGCUGCAAGGAUGGGGAGAGGUGAUGCUGAUGACAGACAAGGUCCUGCGGUGGGAGAGAGCCUGGUUUCCAUCUGCCAUCAAGGGUGUUGUCUCUUUGCUGUUCCUACGGAUUAUCUAUUACCUUGAUCCAUCUGUGCUGUCUGGUGUUUCCUGUUUGGUUAUGUUUUUAUGCUUGGCUGAUUACCUUGUUCCCAUUCUAGCUGCUAGGAUCUUUGGCUCCAAUAAAUGGGCCACAGAACAGCAGCAAAGAUUCCAUGAAAUUUGCAGCAACUUAGUAAAAACUCGACGCAGAGCUGUGGGCUGGUGGAAACGCCUCUUUACCCUAAAGGAAGAAAAGCCUAAAACUUACUUCAUGAACACGAUCAGUUCCCUUGAGGCAGUUGCUUGGGUGGGACAGCAAGUGCGCAACCUUCUUCUCACCUACCUGAUUGUGACUUUUGUACUGUUGCUUCCUGGACUAAACCAGCACGGAAUCAUAUCGAAGAACAUUGGCAUGGCCAAGAUGGAGAUAAACAAGCUUCUCAAACAAAAAGAAAAGAAAAAUGACUUAUGCAUCUGCCUUACUUGCUCUGGUUAGUGGAAUUUGCUCUGUCCCUGGGAACAGUCUGUGAUAAGCUGUCUGGAUACUAAAAUGUUACAGAAGUAGCUCUUUGCUCCCCUGGUUCUGCCCUUGUUAAUAUGAAUUCACACUUCCCAAAUGAGGUUUGUGCAUAGCAUCUUAGUGGAAUGGACAACUUCUUAGGAUGACUUGUUUUGAUUUUUCUCACCCAGGGCUGAUGGAAUUUUCACUUUGGGUAAUUUCAGUUGUGAGCUUUACUAUUGUACAGGUAACAGUAACUGGCUAGUGGUUAAUGAUUGCUUUAGCUAGAUUUAAGGUAGUGGUCUGUGGCUACAGGAAGCUGGUUCUACUGUCUGCUUCCACAUUCUGCUUCAAAAAACUGUCUGGCUUCAUGAAUAGAGACCAAGUUUACCACUUUUGAUGAAGAGACCAAGUAACUUCCAUUCCUCACUCUGUUUCUUGACCAUGGAGAAGAGUCCCCAUGGACAAGGUGAAACUUGAUUCCAUGCCCUAGUAUAUCUAGGCUUUUCUCCAGUGCAAACUGUAGCCAUAUUUAGGGAAUAAUUUCUCCCUUGCUCCCCAUGAGGAACCUGGCCAGCUUAGAGCUCUUGUUCCCC